UACAUUUCUCAAAUCUCGCUUUCGUUCCAAAAUGUUACCCAGUGUCAAUAAAGGAUAUAAUGAGAUUAAAAGAAUUUGUCAAUAAAUAUCACCGUCUAUGUGUGUUAACUGGAGCAGGAAUAUCCACGGAAAGUGGUAUUCCAGAUUACAGAUCAUUCAAGGUCGGUCUUUAUGCCAGAAGCAAUCGCAAACCAAUUCUUUAUAAGGAAUUUUGUGAUAGCGAAGCAACGAGAAGACGGUACUGGGCUAGAAAUUAUAUUGGAUGGUCAAGGUUUUCCUCUCUUAAACCAAACAUUACACACGAGCUAUUAAAACAUUUAGAAUAUAUUGGAAAGGUGGGAUGUAUCGUUACACAGAAUGUAGAUAAUUUACAUUUAAAAGCAGGAAGUAAGAAAGUGAUUGAGCUGCAUGGAACAGCGUUCAGAGUAAUGUGUUUAAAUUGUGAUCAUAAGAUAAGCAGAUACUAUCUUCAAAGAGUAUUUCAAAAACUCAAUCCUUCUAUGAUUGCAACUACCGAGAUGAUAAGACCUGAUGGUGACGUAGAAUUGUCACAGACACAAGUGGAAGGCUUUAAUGUUCCUACUUGCGAUAAUUGUGGUGGCAUAUUGAAACCAGAUAUCGUAUUCUUUGGGGACAAUGUACCACACGAGAAAGUACAAAACGUGAAAGCUAAUGUAGAGAGUUUAGAUGCUUUGCUAAUUUUAGGAACGACUCUUAGUACAUUCUCCGCAUACAGAAUAGUAUUGCAAGCGAUUGAUGCCAAGAAGCCAAUAGCAAUAGUAAACAUUGGCGAGACUAGAGCUGAUAAAUGUGUAAAUUUAAAAGUGGAAGGAAGAUGUGGAGAUAUUCUACCAAAGAUUUGGCAACUUAAUGUCUCAAAAGAUUGUAUAUGA